AUGAUUAUUGAGCAUAAGUCUUCAUGCUCCCUUAAAAACACCCAUGAAACUUCCCAGGCCAUCAAUAUGCAUAUCCAAAAAACCACCAAGUAGCUGAAAGAUGUCACUUUCCAGAAGCAGUGAGCACCAUUCCAUUAUCACAAUGGUGGAGUGGGUAAGUGUGCCCAGGCCAAACAGUGGGGCUGGACUCUGGGUUGGUGGCCCCAAAAGACUGCUGGAUUUUUGCUACACAUUCUUAAAAACGCAGAAAAUAAUGCUGAACUUAAGGAGUUAGAUGUAGAUUUUCUGGUCACUGAGCACAGCCAGGUGAACAAAGCCCCCAGGAUGCACCCCUGGACUUACAGAGCUCGAGGUCGGAUUAACCCAUACCUGGUCCCCUGCCACACCAAGAUGAUCCUCACUGAUGUGGAACAAACUGUUCCUGAACGAGAGAGGACUGCACAGAAGAAAACAAUAACCCUGAAGAACAAAAAUGUAUGGCCCAGGAAUAAAUUCAGUAUAAAAUAA